ACCAUUAAGAACUGUCUCUUUUUUCUAUAUUAUUAUUAUUAAUAUUUAAUGUUCAAAAACAACCUUGUAGAUCCAUUUAACCUCAUCAAAAGAUUCAAAACCAUCUCUUCUUCAAACACAAAACUCAGAACUCAAACCAGAGAUGACUCAGAACUCUCUUUUAGCCUCCUCGAAAUGAAAAGGAAAUUAUCAAUAGGAUAAUAUUAUAUUACAUGAAGAUUCAUCAACAUCAUGUAAUGUAACUGAGAUCUGCAGAAGCAGCCAUAGCCAUGGACCGAACUCCAUCACCAGACACCGCCAUUUCUAGUGGCCUGACAAUCAAGAUAGCAGGCAACUCCGACAAGCAGCUGCCUUUGAACAACUCGUCGAUUGAAACUUCUUCUUCUGUUUACAACUCACCUUCCCUCAUCUCCCCACCCUCCUCCGCAUUCGUCUCAGCUCUUCAGUCACCCUACAUAUCACCGAGGGCCAUCACCCCAACAACCCCAGAUAACCCAACUCAUCCCUCUCCGCCCCUCUCCUUCCGCGGAGGCUCUCAGUCAGACGACAUACCCAGCAGCUCCUACACUCCUCCCUCGGAUCAGUACGAGUUCUCUGAAGAUGGCUGGGGUUGUGGUGACCAAAAGUUUGUGACUUGCAUACCGGUCUCCGACUCGGCUGCACCGCCGCGUAUCUCGUUCUCCUUCCCAGUGCCUCGGAUUUCAUUCGCCAAAGGGUCUCUUUCUCCUUCUUCGAAUGUCAAGCUAAGGAGUUGUGAUGUUUAUGUUGGCUUCCAUGGUCAGAAUCCUAACCUGGUCCGGUUCUGUAAGUGGCUUAAGUCUGAGCUUGAGCUCCAGGGCAUUGCUUGCUUUGCUGCUGAUAGAGCUAAGUACUCGGAUACUCAGAGCCAUGAGAUUGCUGACCGAGUUAUUUGCUCGGUCACUUAUGGGGUUGUGGUGGUGACUAAUUUAAGUUUUCUCAACCAUCUUAGUAUGGAGGAGAUUAGGUUCUUUGCUCAAAAGAAGAACUUGAUUCCUCUCUUUUUUGAGACUCUGCCUGCUGAGAUUAUGAGUCUGCAAGGUGACAAAGAACGAAGAGAAGCCAUUGAUGGCCUCAUGAAAUGCUGCCACGAGUUCAAGCUCGAAGCCAAUGGGAGUAACUGGAGGAGCUGUAUAGCUAGAGCUGCUGGGAUUCUGCGAGGAAAGCUCGGGCGGAAGAGUGUGGCUGUGGCUGAUAUUGAAGGGUUUGAGGAACUACCCUUUUCGAGAAACAAGUUUUUUGUUGGAAGGGACAAAGAGAUUUCUGAGAUUGAAGCUACUCUAUUUGGUUAUGGAGAAUGCUUUGACCAAGAAUGUUCUAUGCCCUUUACUAAAGGUGAAGCCAGUGGCCAGUCUGAAGGGCUAGCGGAUGAGGAAAGUGAUGUGGGAACAAGAGGAGGAGGAGGAAGAUACAUUAAUCUUGAGCUUGGUAAGUGUAAAGAGCCUAAGUUAGAGGCUUGGAUUGAGCAGCCUGUUAAUGUGGGAAGAAACUCAACAAGAAGGUCUUUUUCAAAGUGCAAGAAGUACAAAAGUGGUAGCAGUGUUAUUUGCAUAAAUGGGGUUCCAGGCAUUGGAAAGACUGAGCUGGUUCUUGAGUAUGCUUAUAGAUAUUCUCAGAGGUAUAAGAUGGUGUUGUGGGUUGGUGGUGAGGCAAGGUAUUUCAGGCAGAACAUACUGAAUCUGUCACUUAAUCUGGGGUUGGAUGUAAGUUCUGAUGCAGAGAAAGAAAGAGGGAGGAUUAGAAGCUUUGAGGAGCAAGAAUUUGAAGCGUUUAAGAGAGUGAAGAGGGAGUUGUUUAGGGACAUGCCUUAUUUGUUGAUCAUUGAUAAUCUUGAGACUGAGAGAGAGUGGUGGGAGGGGAAAGAUUUACACGAUUUGAUCCCUAGGAACACAGGAGGUUCACAUGUUAUUAUCACUACUCGGUUGUCCAAGGUCAUGAAUUUCGAUACAAUGUUACAGCUUCCUCCAUUGCCCAUCCCAGAUGCUAUGAAUUUGAUCAGAGGAAGAAGGAAGAAAGACUACCCUGCUGAAGAGUUAGACUUUCUUAUGAAAUUUGAUGAGAAACUAGCAAGGUUGAGCUUUGGUUUGUGGCUUGUUGGCUGCUUACUCUCGGAACUUGCAAUCACCCCAUCUGCUUUGUUUGAUGCUAUUAACAAUUUGCAAAUUGACGAGAGUUCUCCUUGCUCCUUCAUCAGCAUAGACGAAGAGCAGUACUGCAAGAACAACCCUUUCCUAAUCAAAGUCUUGACCUUUUGCUUUGCUAUCUUACAGCAAACUAGUGGAAGAGCAAACCGUCUUGCGUCAAGAAUGCUGCUAGUCGGCGCCUGGUUUGCCCCAUCGCCAAUCUCGACGAGUUUGCUUGGUACUGCGGCUGAGAACAUGCCUGCUGCAGGGAACCGGUUCAGGAAGUGGACCAGUUGCCUUAGCAUGUCGUUUGUGUGUUGCUCGAGUUGUUUGUCAGCGCAAAACUGGAAGAGCCAGGAAGAUUCAGCCCUUCUUCUUGUUAAAUUAGGACUGGCUCGCCGAGCCAACAAGCAGGGUGGGUGUUGGAUCCAAUUCCAUCCCAUAACUCAAGUAUAUGGGAAAAGAAACCAAGGCUUGCAGGCUGCAAAGGCCACAGUGGAUGGUAUAAGAAAGAGUGGUAACCCUUUGUUGAACUCUGACCAUCUAUGGGGUUCUGCAUUUCUUGUGUUUGGAUUCAAGUCAGAGCCUCCACUAGUCCAACUCAAGGCAAUUGACAUGGUUUUGUACAUCAAAAGGACAGCUCUACCGCUCGCCAUAAGAGCGUUCACAACGUUCUCAAGAUGCAACUCAGCUUUAGAGCUCUUGAAGGUUUGCACCAAUGUGCUGGAGGAAGUAGAGAAGUCUUUCGUGUCUCAGAUUCAAGACUGGUGCCAUGGCUCGCUGUGUUGGAAGAACAAGUUGAAAGGCAGUAGUAAUAAUCAGAGGGUGGACGAGUAUGUGUGGCAGGACGUGACGCUGCUGAAGGCUACCCUGCUUGAGACGAGAGCGAAAUUGUUGAUGAGAGGCGGCCAUUUUGACAGUGGGGAAGAGCUUUGUAGAACAUGUAUUAGUAUUAGGACUGUGAUGCUUGGUCAUAACCAUGCUCAGACCUUGGCUGCUCAAGAAACUUUGGCCAGGCUUGUGAGGAUGAGAAGCAAGAUAUAAAACUUUCUACUUUAUCUUCUGUUCUUUGGGACUCAGUUUUGCUUAUACUACUUAUAAAUAUAUAUAUUUACAUCAUAUUAGAGAGACUUCUUGCACUUUUGCAGUGAUCAAAGUUAGUUAAGUUAGUUGUACAAUUAGCAAAUUUGCCAACAAAUUUUAGGA